AAUAAAAUAGCUGCCAAUUCAAUAAAAUGGGUUCUCAAGCACCUCUUCGACUUCCCAGCAUAGAUUUCUCCAAAACAAACAAACAAAACCGAGGAACCCUCAUUUGGGAGUCCACGAAAACCCAAGUUUUCGAAGCCCUCCAAGAAUUCGGUUGUUUUGAAGCCUCUUUUGAUGGAAUUUCACCUGAUGUUCGAAAGUCUGUGUUUUCUUCCUUGAAGCAGCUAUUCGACCUCCCUUUGGAGACGAAAGUGAAAAACUUGACAGAGAAACUCUAUAAUGGUUACAUCGGGCAAGCUAAAGAGGUUCCCAUCUUCGAGAGCAUGGGAAUUGAGGAGCCUGAAAGCUUUGCUAAUCUCAUGUGGCCUGAUCAAGGCAACCCUGAAUUUACAAGCAACAUACAAUUUUACACAGAGAAGUUGAAGGAGCUAGACGAGAUUGUAAGAACGAUGGUCCUAGAAAGUUUGAACUUGGAGAAAUACAUAGAGGAACACAUGGACCUAACAAGUUACCUUGUUAGGGUAAUGAAAUAUCGAUCUCCCAAAAAAGAUGAAUCCAAUGUGGGACUACUUAGUCAUGCCGAUAAGAAUAUAGUGACAAUUUUGCAUCAAAAUGAAGUUGAAGGGCUGGAGGUGCAAAAUAGAGAUGGGGAAUGGUUCAAAGUGAAAUUCUCAACAAACAGUUUUGUAGUUAUGGUGGGAGAAAGCUUCAAAGUAUGGACGAACGGAAGAUUAAAUGCCACAACUCACAAGGUCGUGAUGAGCGGAGUAAAAGAUAGGUUUUCAAUCGGUGUGUUUUCGGUGCCGAAAUUGGAAAAACUCAUAAAAGCACCUGAAGAAAUGGUGGAUGAAGAACAUCCAUUACUUUUCAAGCCUUUCUAUUUCGGGGAGUUUAUCAAAUUCUUUUACACGGAAGAAAAUGUCAACGAUAAGUUUGCUUUAGAGAAGUAUUGUGGUGUGUCAACUCCAACAUUGUAAUUGUAACUAUAUUUAUCCGUGUGUAUAUUCUGAUUGUUUGUAUAAUACCAUUUAUUUAAUUUACUGCAUGUAUUGAUUAGUGUGUAAUUUUGUUUAUCCGUAA